AUGUCAAGAAUCGUUAAUGAACCGUUGGGUGCGCGCGAAAUUUUUGCUGCGGUUUGCUUGACAAGUCGUAGAAGAAUCGAGCUAAACUCAUUACGUGUUUAUUCAGAAAUUAGUCUCUUGUUCUUCACCUUGCUGCCAAACGACUUCGAGAAAUGCAAUGACGAAAAUGAUGAAGCAGAAAAGAUCGCAAAAAAACUCCGUUCAACUUAUGAGCGCCUUCCUCUCAGCCUAGGAAACUUUCAAGAAAUUGUGAAUCGUGGCCAUACACGAUUUGGAAAGUCGACAAACCUCACAAUGCUCAGGGAUUUCUUUGCUUUUCCUGUUCAUCCUGACUCCUUGGAGCUCCGGAAAGAACUUUUCAAAGAGUCUAACAUUCUGAAGGAAGAACCAGAUCUGUUUACUGGACACUUUUGCAAGUUUCCGGUUUUAUACCUGUCUUUUACAGAUGUUUAUGGCCAAACCUGGAAAGAGAUGCAGAGUGUCCUUCGAGGAUUUUUUGCAACUCUAUAUGCAGAUUAUAUUUAUGUUACAGAAGUGCUCAUCAUACCACAAUUUCAUGACAUAUUUUCUCAACAAGUAGCAAUCAAACCAGAAAGUAUCCUUUUCAAUCUCUUCAAAUAUCUGAAGAUGUAUGCAAAUACACAGCUUGAAAACGGUAAUAAGUAUAUCAUAUUGAUUGAUGAAUAUGAUUGUUCUGUGAAUAAUACCUAUCAGAAUGAUUACUUUGAAGAAGCCAAUGUCUUUUUUGGCACUUUAUAUUCAUCUCUUCUUAAGAUGAGAGCUAUUAUUAUUAAAGUGAUAUAUGACUUGAUACUAACAAAUAUCUUUAAAAUAGGAUAA